AUGGUGGUGGUCUCUGUGGCUCGGGACUACGUGGGGAGGAUGCUGCAGGAUAUUUCGGGCAUGAAGGUGCUCGUGCUUGACUCGCAGACGGUACGGCCGUGGAUUUUUGUUUAUGCCCGUUAUUUCCGAGAGAUUUUGCUCCCUCAUCAAUCUGCAUAGUUUUAUAUCCAAGUAGAUAGCUGUUGAUCCUAGAUUCUGCACGAUGCUCUUUGGGAUCUUCUGAACGAUCCAUUCAUAUAUGUCGACCAGUUUUUUCUUAAAAGGUGCGGAAUCACUUGAAUUUCUCUAGAAUUUCCUAAUUCGGGGAAAUUUUCCUGUAAAAUGGACGAAAUUCAUUUAUCCAUCGACGAGUUCAGGGACUCCCUGGCAAUGGCAUGCUGUUCGGGGAGUCUUUGACGUCUGGUCCCUGAAUGAAAUUUUUCUAAUGAUCAAAAACUGCUAUCUCUAAUCAUAAAAGACCUGCUAUCAUAAGAUGAUGGAAUAAGCUGCGAAGUUUCAGUCCUGUAAUGAGGGUAUUCUGUAUGUGCACGAAUUUUGGCAAAGAGGUUUGGACAUAUGUGGUAAUGAAAGCUACUUUGUUCUCUAGACAUGGUGCCGUCUUCUUUGUCCCAGUGACAGUAUUUAAGACAUACUACACGUACUCUUUUGGAUUCAACGGUGAUCCGUCAGAUCUCAUUUUCAGUGCACCUAUGGAAAUAUUACGUCGUAUCCUUCUAUGAGUCCCUUGAAACUUUGAUGCAAAUUGGCCUCUCCAACUUCUCAGUCUGACUGUGGUCCCUCAAUGACGUAUUUACCAAAUGCGACUCCCCUUUUCACAAGCCUGCAAGAUUGUUUUUUUUGGGCUCUCUGAUUUUAAAAAAUGUCGUGGUUUAUUUGGUUGAACCCAACAAAAAGGGUGCCUUUGGAAAAAAAAAUCCAUUUCGUUCAUGGAGGCGUUGACACAUUACUUACCUGUGUGGCUGAUUAACAAUGGGGAUUGGGGAUUUUAUGGAGCAUACCGACAGCUCACAUCAUGGUAAAUGUAUGUUUUUUCCGAUAGUAACCGUGAUAAAUUUUAAAGGGUUUCUGUUGAUUGUUGGGUAAAUUAGCUGAGGCUGUUAUUCCUUUUUUUUGUUUGUUUGCAUACAGCAGGGAGUUCCUUUUAUUGAACCCAUACUGUUUUUUACGUACAACAUGGGAAUUUAGCGACCAGAGAGCAUUAGAGAAUCCAUAAAAAAAUGAUGUUUUUUAGAGUCUAAAUAACACUCCCAAGACCGUCAUUCAAUUCAUGAACAGUUCAUAAAAAAUCCCACUUAAAAAAAAUCCCACUUAAAAAAGGCCCAAUAGUAUCCCUGAGUCAAAAUUGCUGGAUCAUUAUUAUUUUUUUUUACCAAUUUCUGAUUGAGCAAGAAGUAAAAUUUAUCUCUCAUCAAAUGCGGAUUUACAUCAGAAAGUUUCUUUUGACGCUGACCCUCUUCUCUUAGAUUAAGAUUACAAAUAUUGGGUUCUGGAUUAGGAUCGAAUGAUCUUAUUCUGUUUGUCCAGAUCGAUCAAGAUGUCAGACAUGUAUCCUUGUUCUGAUACAAAUGCUCUCCCUGCUAACAUAGUCCAACGUUAUUCUAACUCAACUGAUUCUGUUUAAGAAAUCACUAUUCUAAUACUGUCUUUAUUUUUAAUUUUUCUCCUGUCAGGAAGUCUGUGUUCUUUUCGUUUUCUCAUAUUUAUAAUGACUUUUGAAGUGUCAUAGAUCCUGAUGGUGAAUAAUUAUGUUUUUAUUUGGUACUUGCAGGUUAGCAUAGUGAGUGUCGUAUACUCCCAGUCUGAACUGCUUCAGAAAGAGGUUUUUUUGGUAGAACUAUUGGACUCCCUGUCAAAAGAACCCAUGGCUCAUCUAAAAGCAAUUUACUUUGUUCGCCCUACUUCAGAAAAUAUUCAACACCUGCGACGGCAAUUAGCCAACCCACGAUUUGGAGAGUAUCAUCUCUGUGCGUACCGGGGAUUAUGCUUAUGUUAUUUAUGUUUGCAGUCGUUUUAAUGUUGCUACGGAUUUACGAGUUUAGUUCAAAAAAAAUAAAUCAUUCCUUCAUCUCUUUGCAGUCUUCUCCAAUAUCUUGAAGACUACUCAAAUCCAAGUUCUGGCUGAUUCAGAUGAACAGGAAGUUGUUCAGCAAGUUCAGGUGAUUUACUUCGACUACUUCUCUUAGAAACAUUAAGUCCAUGUUCGUCAACCUUUAGAAAUUGAGGAAUUUUAUUGAAUGUGAUCAGACAUCUGAUUAAUUUUGUGCUACGCGAAAUAGUUAACGUCUACAACCCACAUGAUGCCAUCGAAUUCUUUGUUGGGUGUAUUGCCUUGCAAUUAAAAUUUCUUUGUACCUUUGGAAUCAUCUGGAUAUCUAAGGUUAUGCAUGGACAGUUCUUAAAUAACCAGAUGAUUCCAGGCGAUUUUAAAAUCAGUUAGUUUCAUAGCAUUUCUCCCGAUAAUGUUAUCUGAUAAAUUUAUGUUCAAGGCUCACGCAAAAAUUUGACCACAAAAAUUAUUUAUUAAUUCAUAACGAGGAAAAAGGCUUCAUCAUUAUCUUUUUUUAAAAACUGAGAACAACGAGAAACCAGGUUCUUCCGCCACUGGACACUCAGGCAUUAGAUGGAAUAGAAGUUAUUGUGUUUUAGAGAGCAAGGUUUUGGGUGGAUCUUAAAUUACCCUCUUCCAUUGCUGUGACUUGUAUGCUUGUUGUCGUGCUUGGCUGUCAUGAACCAGUGAUGGGUAAAUGCUCAGGUUCUAGAGUCUUUUUGGAAAGAAAAGCGGGAAAGAGUCACUAUUGGAUAUGGAGAUGGAAUCUCUGUGGGUUUUGAUGUGAUGGCUUUUUUGGGAAACAGUGUUGACAUACUCCUAUUAGAAUGACACGGUAAGUAAUCUCUUUAAUGUUGAUGAGUGCUUCAAAAUGUUUUACUACAUGCCACCUUGUGUCCCGAUCUUUUAAGUUGAGGGAGGCUCGAGAACACCUAUCUUGUAAGUUGUUCCAAAUGACCAAAUGUAAAAUGGUUGUUUUGAUUCAUGGUUAGGUGUCCAUAUUUGCAACGUUCUGUGAGCUUGCUUUCAUAGACUAAUUGGAAGAGGGUGUGGCAAUUUUUCCCCUGGUGACCUGCUCAUGGCGCUAUUCUUGUCUGUCUCUUUUUGAACUUAGUGGAUGCCGCCCCCCCAUAUUAGCUCUUGCUUUAAUAUCUCUUGGUAUAUCAGUAAUUCUGUUGGUGAGAUCUGUCACUUGAGGAUUCAUGUAUCAUGGCAAAAUGCAACGUGAAUCUUCUUUUAUUCUUUGGGACAUGUUGUAUUUGUUGUUAUUAUCUCGAUGGCUCAAAGACCAAUUAUGCUUCUGGGAGCGCAUAUUCAUGGUGGUACGCGGCAUCAUAUGAUAUGUUGGGAAAAUUUAUAUAGAACCUCUCAUGAAGCUUUGUGUUCUCAUAUAUCUGAAAUCUAUAAUUCAGAUGUAUACUUACUAAAGACGGAGAUUAGAGAAGCUUGUAGAUAGAGAGGAUUAUUUCGUAGCAUAUCCUCAAUAAUAAAAAGUUCCUGAGAAAGUUCUCGAGUACUUCAUGUCUGUUGUGCUGAAGUAUUGUGUUAUCUUGAGGAUCAGAUCUAUUCAUCUAAAACAUGUUAUGGGGGAGUCGACUUGACAUUGACACUGUAAGUCAUUUGGCUUAUUGAUCGUGCUAGAGAGGAUAAAACAUGCCCAUCUGCAUCCUGAGGAACGACCUUUUUAUUCCAAAGAGGAGAAAAUGAGUUGUUAUCUUAAUGCGGUGAACCAGUGGGCUGGAGCCCUUGUUUCCCAGUAUUCUGAACUUUCAUCCAACAACCCACUAUACAAGGGAAAGGGUAGGUGUACAGUUUCUUGAUGUGUUCUGUAGAGUUUCUUUAUGACGUUUUGCAUAUUGUUUGGGCAUUAUGUUUUGUUUGUUUCUGACCUACAGAUAAUGAUUCUUGUUUUCAGGAAUUCUAUGCAGAUUUUUGUGCUAUUGAUCCUUACCACUUCACUUUAAAUGUGAAGUUGAAUCACAUAUACAUGCUUCCUACGGUUGUAGAACCUCACAGUUCACAAAUUUUUUGCGAUCGAGCAGUUGAUGGCAUUUCUGCACUUUUCUUGGCACUGAAGCGCCGGCCUGUCAUACGUUAUCAGCGUACUUCUGAUAUUGCAAAAAGAAUUGCUCAAGAAAUCGCGGUGAGCAUAACAAAAGACAUGUGAACAUGUCAAGGCUAAAUAUUUAUAUCCGCCUUGUUCUUUAGGAUUUAUUAUUGUAAUGUUUUGCGCCCUACCCUUAUAGGAUAUUAAUCUUGGAUGGUAUCCUUCUAUGGCGUCAAAUAUUACUUUCUUUGAAUUUCCCAGAAACUAAAAUUAGAAUUAGGUGCAGAUUCGUUUUGGAACUAGUUUCCUUUGAACGAUUGUAUAGUAUGGAUGCUUAGAAGGAGAUUCUUGUGUUUUACUUAGCAGAUAAUAUUCUUAUAUGGUGAUGCCAGUAAUUAUUCAUUCGACAACCUUUUGAUUUAAGUUUCCUUUCUGGUGAUUAUUUCAGAAACUUAUGUAUGAGCACGAAAGUGGGCUAUUUGACUUCAGACGAACAGAAAUUUCUCCACUUUUGUUGAUUGUUGAUAGAAGAGAUGAUCCUGUUACGCCAUUGCUCAAUCAAUGGACCUACCAGGUAUCAUUAGACGUAUUUUUAGCAUAACACUUUUGAUGUCCAAGAUACUUAUGUUUUACUCAGAAUUUGAUGUUCAGUGCCAUUUUUUAGGCUAUGGUCCAUGAACUCCUGGAUAUUCAGGACAAUAAAGUGGACUUAAGAUCUGUUGGAAAAGUUCCCAAGGAUCAACAGGUUUUCUUCUGUUUUUUAUUACAAAUUGCGUCAUCUCAAUUGUGAUACGUAUCAUUUUUCUCUUUUUACAAUAAAGAACGUAUUACAUAGCUUUUGUUGUUUUAUAUUACAGGAAGUCGUGCUUUCAUCAGAGCAAGAUGCCUUUUUCAAGGCUAAUAUGUAUGAGAAUUUUGGAGAUCUUGGAAUGAACAUUAAGAGAAUGGUGGAUGAAUUCCAGCAGGUUUCGAAGAGUAACCAGAAUAUUCAGACAAUAGGUAUAUUUUUAGUCUUUUUUUCCUUAAACUAGAUGGUCUAUGUGAUAUAUGAGAAUGCCCUCUUUCGUUUGCUCCUAAAAGGUCACGGAGACCCCACUAUCUGGUGACUCUCGACCAGUGUUGGCCCUUCUUUUUGUCUAGCUAAUGUGUCCUCCCAUCGCAUAUGGUCCCCUUGGAGAUUAUUGCAUUUCGCUCUUCUAUAAAUUUUCGUCUUCUUUUGAUUUUCAUUUGCUAUGCCACCUCAAAGGCAGUUUCUCUUUCUCUGCCAAUGCGCUUAAAGACAAGGAUUCUGGUGUUUUAUAUUUCGUCUAUCAGAAAAUAAAUGCAUGAUGUCAUACCAUUUCACCAAUAUGUCGGAUGGACUUCUAUGGUUGACCAGUACUGAACAGUUUUCUAAUUCAUAGAGGACAUGGCUAAGUUUGUUGACAACUACCCGGAGUACAGAAAGAUGCACGGAAAUGUCUCAAAGCACGUGACGUUGGUUACAGAAAUGAGUAGAAUUGUAGAAGAGCGAAAACUUAUGUUAGUUUCCCAAGUAGAGCAAGAGCUGGCUUGUAAUGGCGGUCAGGUUGCAGCCUUUGAGGUAUUGCAAUUUCCUCAGACCCUUCUUCUGAAAUGCCAAGCUUACAUUAUCCCUCUUUAAAUUUGCAAAGUUUGUAGUUUUAUUUUCAUGGGUAUAAAUGUUAUACUGUAAUCGACGUGCGAUUUGGAAAAUUGAAUAACUUGGCCUAACAUUAAAAAGGAAUAAUCAGCAUGACAAAAUAUAGUAAUUGUGACAAAUGUGGUGUGAUAGGAUGUGCCUGAGUUGGGGUAUACAAUGAUGUUGCAUCUUAUUUUUUCAAUUUUUUGCUCGUUCUCAUGCUUCUUGUAGUGAAGAAAAGAUGGGUCCCGUUCUGGGCCAGGUUGCGCACCAGGGGUGCCCAGCUAAAGACAGCCUCUUUAUUCACUGUGUUGGAGUGGUGGUGCCUAAGUUUAUUUAUAGGUCUUCUUUAUCCAAGCAUAGUUAAUAGUAGGCUGCUUCAACCCGUCGACAACCCUGUUAUAUAAAAAUUAAUGUCACUAAGUCAGUCCUAAAUAAUGCUCAGUUGAUAGAUACACGAAAAUAUUUUCCUGAGUCUACAAGAUUGAGCACGUUAAAUGUGAAACACGUGAGCGACAAUGAUAGCAUCAAACAGGUUGGAUACAUUCCCAGAAAUGUGAUACUAGAGAAUACUUGCGCAUAGACAUGUGUACGUAUUUAUACAUAUGAAUGCACGUUUGCAUGCAUGUAUGGAUCUUGCAGUUUGUAUCCAUCAAAUUACUGGAUAAAUAUAGACAUCCUGUCUACAGGACUUCUUUUUAAUAGUUGAUCUAUAACUUGAUUUUGUUGUGAUGGUCUUUUUUCUACUUGGGAAUUUUUGUUUACAGCCUAGUUCUACAGCCGUUUCAGCAAAUACGUUGAAUAAAAAUCUUUCUUGUUGUUUAUCUUCCUGCAGGCUGUCACCAAUCUUCUGAAUGAUGAAAGUGUUUCUGAUGUCGACUGUCUCAGGCUAGUGAUGUUAUAUGCUUUGCGAUAUGAGAAAGAGAGCCCAGUUCAACUGAUGCAGCUCUUUAACAAGCUUGCUUCACGAUCUGCGAAGUAUAAAUCUGGUGUAAAGUAACUAAACUGACUUCAUAUUCUGAAUCUUUUUCUGGGUUUGGAUUAGGUUUUCUACUUUGAUACCUGCCUUACGCCAUGAAACACGCUUUCUCCAUAUCUUGCAGCAGUACAAUUCAGUUAGGAUUUCUACAGCCGUAGAUCAUUUCUGAGAGGAAAUGUAACAACGCUGUUUAGCAGUGAAAUCAGAUGGACCUUAAAAUCUCGCAGUUUUAGACAACGAAACAGUCAAUGAUAUCCACCUGGAUCACGAAUAGCUGUAUGCAUACAUUUUUUUAUCCCAUUAUUUUCUAAUUCGAGAAACAAGAAGUCAAACAAAGGAUCAGUUAUGCUGCCAACAUGGGAAGCUUCUCUGUGCUUUGGUGCCUCUAUAAUAAUCAAACGUAAAAUAGUGGAAAAAGUAUCAUGCCUCUUUUCGAAAUCAUGUGGAUUAUGGUCCAGUUAUUUGAUCUUUAGAUUCAGAUUAGAUCUCUAGUUUCUUUGACAUGGUUGCCAAGGAUUAUAACCAGAUGCUUUUGGUGUGCAUUACCAUUCUUCAGUAAUCUACUGUUGUUGCGAUUGUGCCCAAAAGUAGUGAAAAGGGUUGUUCUAGCUUUGAUGGAAUCUCAUAGCUUUUGACGGUUUCUGUGCGGCAGAUCGUUCAAUUUCUACUGAAGCAAGCUGGAGUUGACAAGCGAACCGGUGACUUGUAUGGAAACCGUGACCUUCUCAGUCUUGCCCGUAACAUGGCUCGUGGCCUCAAGGUGUGUGCGGAAUCCAGCUUCUUCUUUAAAGAUUCCGAUUUGGCUAAUCAUUACACCUUUUUUUCCAUUUAGGGGGUUGAGAAUGUGUACACCCAGCAUCAGCCUCUUCUCGUUCAAACGAUGGAAAACAUAACCAAGGGACGACUACGAGAUGUAGACUACCCAUUUGUUGGGAACCACUUUCAGCAGGGCAGGUUUGACUGCUGAUCGUCUUUUAAUUUCUCUUUUUUUUUUUUCUUUUUUUCUUUUUUUUUUGAUAGGGAUGAUCGCUUUUGACCCCACGCAUCCGCACAACUGGUUUUUUGUCGCUUCAACGGAUUGAAUCUAAGCAAGAGACGUCUUAUGCAGGCCUUCGGAUGUAGUGAUUUUUAUAGUUGGUGGGACAACAUUCGAGGAAGCUCGUGCUGUGGCCAUGAAUAAUGCUGCCAAUACGGGAACGCGUUUUAUCCUCGGUGGUCCGGCGAUCUUAAACUCUAAUCGGUAAAGCAUUCCUUUCUGUGUUUCUUUUUAUUUGAAUGCCGGUUUCAUCUUUGCCUUUUUUUCUCUUGCCGUGGGCUUGUUAUCUCUGCUAGUAUGCGAAUCCAUUCAUGCCCAAUCUGCUUCAACCCCCCCCGUUCAUGGGAGGGUUCCGUUUCCUUGUCUUUUUACCGUUUAUAGGAGCGCUAAGAAUAAACUACGCUUGGUAUUUUCCUUAAUUUUUUUACUGUUUAUAGAAGUUGAAGGACUUGUUCUGAAUGAUGGGGGGAUGGGGUAAUACUGACCAAAUUCACCGACACUGUAGUCUUCAGGCAGAUUAUUUCCCAUCUACCUUAUUUUUUAACUAUUCAGUCACUAAAUAAUUGAUAUCGUGGUGGUGUAUUGUCUUAGUAUGGGCAGGAGCCUCAUUUUGCUCUUUAUAAUUUGAUUUUGAUUCUUCUGAAGAGGAGGGUAGAGUUGAACUAGGGUUCUUAUUUCUCUAUAAGCAACCAGUGUGGCUUGCGAAAUCACAGGAACCCUACACCUACGUCCUAGCCCAGGUAGACAUUUCCCCUUCUUAGCCUCUUUCUUGGGGCCCAACGUGGGGGUUGACUUUUGGCCUCUUUUGUUCAUAUGCCCAACUUAAACCACGGCCAUACCAUUUUUGAUGUGCGAGCGGAUAAUUAUUAGUGAAAUAAACCGAUAUUGCUUGGAGUGUUUCCUCAAUCCAUCUGAUUAGCUACAUGGCAUCUGACUUGCUCUUUCUUGGUAAAACUGCAGGUUCUUAAAGGACCUGGAGGAAGCGCAGAGGAUUGCCCGAUCAAGUAGCGGGAUUUGA